AUGGCUCCCAUCAUACUGUCACUCAAUCUCUUCGACUCAACAGGCUUUACCAGCACCAUGGGAAGCAUGAUCCGCUCGCUUUUGUGCAUUCUCUUUGUUACGAUCGUACCAUACGUGCAAUGCCAAGACUCUGACACCACUACCAGUGCCUCAAUAGACGAUGGCCUACCAGCGACGACCGCCGACACUUCCUCAGUCGAGCCAUCGUACUCAGAAACCUCGAUCGCCUCCCCCAAUCCACCAACGUACAUCGCCACACCAUCAGGCUCGUGCCCCGAGGACGUUACCAUCGUAGAGACCAAGACAGGGAUGUAUGGCACAGUAACAAUCAACCCCAACGUCACCGUCACCGCCACGGAGUACGUGAUGGGCAAUUCGACGUACGAUCCUACUGAGCCGACGAUCCCUUCUGAGAGCUCGAAUCAGUAUCCCAGCCCUAGCUCGACGACGAGUGCGUCGACAACGACCGACACAGUCGCUCCGUCCGAUGAGCCGACAGUGACAGUUGACCCGACGGCUUCGUCUGAGAGCACGAUGGAAACUUCUUCAGAGUCCGGGGCAUCUUCCGGACCAGAUCCCUCAGACGUCACCCUCACAGGACCGCCGUCAGCAGAGCCUACCAGCACUGAGUCAUCCACAACAACUACAUCGGCCCCAACGACAUGCUCAAAGUACCUAUCGAGCACCACAAUCUUCCCGUCUGCCUCCGCCACCGCAUUUUACAACAACGGCACACGUUGGGACCCUUAUAAUAUGAACGCCGACAUCUUUGCGUCAAACGGCGGUACUUGGGACGAGUGUAUCCAGAAGUGUGUCGACAAUCCACAAUGCGUGUAUUUCAUGUAUAAUAGCAAUCGUGAACGAUGUAGGUUGCAAGCCGAGGGAGAAGAGCAGUGUUUGAAGGAAAUGUCGCAGUUCAGCUGUGGGAGGGUGCUGAGAGAUUAG